AUGUGUCACGACGAUCCUCGAUGGUAUGCUGCAGCACUCGAACAUUUUAUGGCAAAGUCAUUGGUAAAAGGUUUUAAUAAAAUCAUUAUUCUCAUUUAAAUCAUUUCUAUGGAUAACCAAACAGUCUUCACUAUAUCUCAACUCACUAAUUUUGUCCAAAUCUGAACUUCGAAAACUUAAAUAAAACAAAUUGUGAUAUUACGCUAAAUUAUUUUCUUUAAUUUUAUUUUACCAGCCGGAAGUAUUAAAUAUAAGAUGUAACCUAAUAAAACCUAAAUGAAUUAAUAUACCCAAACUAUAAUAUAUAACCAAUUCGAUGAGAAUAAUUACGUAAUAAAAAACAUUGUUUGUCAUUUUUUUGUAUGUUUUUCAUCGAUCAAUUUUAAAUAUACCUAUAAAAAUCAGAUCAUACGUUAUUUAGAUUAGUGGAAUUUCGGUAGCCGACCCGACUCACCAGACGGUACUGCUGGGUAAAUGGUACCGAACCCAAGACAAGGAGACUCGCGAACGAAUGAAUGAUGCCCGUCAGUACCACGGAAACGAUAAUAACAAUCAGCAACCUCAGUGGUUCUACUAUCCAUACAAACCAGCGCACAUAAGCGGUCAUCCGGCCGAAUACAAACGCGUGUACGCAGUACCGGACGCCCGCGUUCUGUUCCAGGGCCAAACCCAGUUCCGGAUGAUCGUGCCUCCUACAAAGGUCAGGACGGUUCGAUACCCAGACGUUGCAACUGCUAUCACCAAGACGACUGUGUACAAGUACAAAUUCGUACCGCUAUCUCGGUUGCACGAGAAUAACCGCAUUUAUGGACCCAUCCUAUCGUCUCUCCCGAUUGUUUUAUCCAGGUAA